AUGCAAAUACCACGCUUGCCACCAGACCACAUAGACAGUGAGGAUGCUACACUCUGUUUAGACACUGCUACAGUGAGAUGGGCGUUCAAGAAAGUAAACCCUCACAAGGCACCAGGGCCUGAUGGCAUCCCAGGACGGGUGCUGAGAGUGUGCGCUUACCAACUCACCAGGAUGUUUACCACCAUCUUUAACCUGUCUCUGAGCCAGUGUAUUGUGCCCACAGUCUUCAAGACCUCAACUGUUGUCCCCAUCCCAAAGACCUCUGCAGCAUCCUGCCUUAAUGACUUUCGGCCCAUAGCACUCACAUCUGUCAUCAUGCAGUGGAAGGAGAGUGGUACGAGGAGGAUUCUCAGGAUAGAGGACGAGGAACAAGGACGUAUGGGCUCUGCCAGCAGGACUGCAAGGGAGCACUGGUGUUCAACGACCAUAACGCCUCGACACCUGGCUAAAGCCGCAAAGGCGGAAAUUGUUGGCUCACAGAACGUUUUAUUUGGCAGCCUGAACUUAAGCUUAUUUCUGCUGCUUCCACUUCAGGUUAACGGUCGACAUCCAACUUGCAACUUCCUGCUGGAGGUGGAGAAGGACCAGCUGGAGUGUGUGACGAGGCUGAAAGAGGAAGAGGAGGCUGCCAAUAACAGUAAAGAACUGGGAUGCAGAGGUGCCUGGGACAACAUCGCCUGCUGGGAGCGAGCUGAACUUGGAGAAACUGUCACCAUCCCAUGUCCUCGAGCUCUAAAGACCAUAUUCGGCAGAAAUGGUAACAUAAGCAAGAACUGCACGGCAGCCGGCUGGUCGGAGGUGUUCCCGAAUAUCAGCAGUGUGUGUGGGUCCGACACGAGCCAGGACAAGCUGGUGUUCUACGUGGUGGUUCAGACGUUGUACACUCUGGGUCACAGCCUGUCUCUGAUCGCUCUCACUACAGGAAGCGCCAUCCUCUGCUUGUUCCGGAAGCUUCACUGCACCAGGAACUACAUCCACCUCAACCUCUUCAUCUCCUUCAUCCUGAGAGCCGUGGCCGUGUUGGUGAAAGAUGACAUCAUCUUCAACCGGACCUCGCAGUGCUCCAACCAGCCGUCCCUGGUCGGGUGUAAAGCCAGCCUGGUGUUUUUCCAGUAUUUCAUCAUGGCCAACUUCUUCUGGCUGCUGGUGGAGGGGCUCUACCUCCACACCCUGCUGGUCGUCAUCUUCUCUGAAAACCAGCAUUUCAUCGUCUACAUGUUCAUCGGCUGGGGAAUCCCCACGGUGUUUGUCUCUGUAUGGGUGGCAACACGGAUUUAUCUGGAAGACACGGGGUGCUGGGAGAGAAAUGAUAAUCCCAUUCCGAACUGGGUGAUCAAUGGACCAAUUGGAUUCUCCAUCAUGGUCAACUUCAUCCAGUUCGUCAACAUUAUUCGGAUCUUGGUUCAGAAGCUGCGGUGUCCCGACAUCGGCGGCAACGACCAGUCACAGUACAGGAGGCUGGCCAAGUCCACCCUGCUGCUCAUCCCUCUGUUUGGGAUCCACUACGUGGUCUUCGUGUGUCUCAGUGAGUCCAUCGCUGAAGAUUAUAAAAUCUUCUUUGACCUGGCCCUCGGAUCCUUUCAGGGUUUGGUUGUGGCCAUACUCUACUGUUUCCUGAACAGUGAGGUUCAAGGGGAGUUGAAGAGAAAAUGGCGGAGCGUUUGUCUGAACUGCCACCUGAGCAGAACUCGUCAUCUAAACAACAACUUCGCCUCCAGGAACGGUUCGGAGCACAUGAUGCAGUUUCAUCGCAACUCCAGAGCUCAGUCCAUCCUGCAGUCAGAGACCACCAUGUUGUGA